AUGAUGGACCCGAGAGCAUCUGGAAAGCUUCUGCUUGGACUUUUACUGUUAGAGUCAUGGAUUGGAUUUAUUCAUACUCUCACCGACCUGGAGCCUGUCCUACAUGAGACAUCUUUACUCAACCCCAAAGUAGUGAUUGCGAUUUUAGCUCGAAACAGCGAACACAGUCUUCCUUAUUCUCUGGGAUGUAUCGAGAGGCUGGAUUAUCCCAAGGACCGUAUCUCUAUCUGGGCCGCUACCGACCACAACACCGACAACACCACUGCAAUGCUGCGUGAAUGGAUCUCUGGAGUGGAGGAUUUGUAUCAUUCAGUACAGCUGCACACCAUGGAGCAGGAGAAGAGAUAUUAUGUGGAUGAGCUGGGCCCCAAGCACUGGCUGGAGUCUCGGUUCACUCAUGUGAUGAAGCUGAGGCAGGCGGCGCUCAAAUCAGCCAGGGCACAGUGGGCAGACUACAUCCUGUUUACAGACAGUGAUAACCUGCUGACUAACACACAAGUGCUGAAUCAACUGAUUUCUGAGAAUCGGACACUGGUGGGUCCGAUGCUCGACUCAAGAACGCUCUAUUCAAACUUCUGGUGUGGCAUGACCUCACAGGGCUAUUAUAAGCGAACACCACAUUACAUACCCAUUCGAACCUGGAAGCGAACUGGUUGUCACCCCGUCCCCAUGAUUCACUCCACAAUGCUGAUAGACCUGCGCCGCAGAUCUAGUGAAUCGCUGGCCUUUUACCCCGUGCACCAUCAUUAUCUUUGGGCCCUGGAUGAUAUCAUGGCAUUUGCAUUUUCUGCAAGACAAGGAGGUGUGCAGAUGUUCAUUUGUAACAGAGAGCAUUAUGGGUAUCUGCCGCAGCCUUUAGAGAUGAAACAGACGCUGGAGGAGGAAGUGGAGAGUUUUAGCCACACUGUCACUGAGGCGCUAGUUGACUUUAAAAUGGAAACUUCACAAUAUUUGCACAUUGUCUCCAAACCCAAAGACACCAUGGCUUUCAAUCAGGUCUACCUGAUCAAUCUGAAGCGUCGGGAAGAUCGUAGAGAUCGUAUGCUGCGCUCGCUGGAAGUCCUAGGCAUAGACGUCACCCUCACUGAUGCGGUGGAUGGCAAAGCCAUGAAUUCAACUCAGCUCAGGACUUUAGGAAUCGAGAUGCUUCCUGGUUAUAAAGAUCCCUACUCUGACCGAGUGCUGACUAAGGGGGAAAUCGGCUGCUUCCUUAGUCAUUACAACAUCUGGAAAAAGGUGCUGGAGCUCCAGCAACAGCAGGUUCUUGUACUGGAGGACGACGUCAGAUUUGAGCCGAACUUCAAAAGCCGCCUCAACACCAUCAUGGAGGAUGUGAAACGAUCAGGCCUCCAGUGGGACUUAAUCUAUGUGGGGCGUAAACGGUUGCAAAUCAAGCACCCGGAGCGCUGGGUGGAAGGAGUGAAGAACCUGGUCAGCCCAGAUUACUCGUAUUGGACUUUGGGUUAUGCCCUUUCACUGCAAGGGGCAAAGAAGCUUCUGGAAGCCCAGCCUCUCAGCAAGAUGCUCCCUGUUGAUGAGUUUCUGCCUGUUAUGUUCAACAAGCACCCCAAGAAGGAAUACAUGUCCCAUUUUCAACUGAGAGACCUGAAGGCUUUCUCCGUUCAACCCCUGCUGCUGUUUCCCACACACUACACUGGAGAAGCAGGCUAUUUCAGUGACACGGAGACCUCCAGCAUCUGGGAUGACGAGACCGUGUCCACUGACUGGGACCGUCAUCGCAUCCGUGGAGGAAAAACCAGCACAUCUGUCUCUGAGAGCAGCCCGAAGGACGAAUUCUAAAGCUAUAACUUCUUGGGAAACUAGACAUUUCAAUGCAGGGUGCGCGAAUCAUACAUUGACUAUCAGGGGGUGGGGUGAACAUAUUCGGUAUAAUGUUAGUUCUUAUAGAUGCUUCAAUUAAUCAAAUGUAUGAUUUAUUUAAAUUACAUCUAUUUUAAUAACAAAACGUAUUUACGUUUUAUGUGUUUUGUGGGAUGACCUACAGUCUCUUCUUAGCAAUUUCAGAUGUUUCUGAAGGUCAAACUAUACAAACUAGGUAGCCAAUUUGACUUUACUUUUAGGCUAUAUGUCAAAACAAACACCUAUUUUACAAGAACAGUGUCUUGUGAACACUUACCACGUCUGUCUGUGCUCUAGAACUGCCAGUUUCAGACUUUUGAAUGAAUUUUUUUCUCAUAGACGGAUUGGCGCGAUUAUGCAUUCACAAUGGUAUGGGCCAUUAUAGGGGUGGUCGAAUGUUUAUUUAAAUUAUGUUAUUUGGAUUUUUAAUAUUAGGAUACAGAUCAGAGCAAACUAUUUUUCACUAUUUAGAGGGAUACCCCCAUACAUGUUGUUUUGACAUCCAUUUUAGUUACCAAACUAUGGACUUAGGGUUAGUUCACCUAAAAAAAGUUAAUGUUCGCUGUUAAUUGCUCGCCCUCAUGUCAUUCCAAUUCUCUAGUAAUCUAGUAAAACAUUAUUAAACAUAUUUGCAGUUUCCCUGUUUUCUAUAAAAUACCAAACCGGUGUUCUGUCGAUUUGUCCUACCUUGUCAGAUUGUCCUACCUCCCAUUCAAAAAGUAGCUACCACCUUUUGAUGACGCAAUAUGCUGCCCAUCAGAUUUUGCUACCAGUGUAAAUAUUAAUGUGGAUUAAUGUGGGGUAAUAUGUGUGAUACGAAGCUAUAAUAUCGCCCUAACCUAUACCUAAUCCCCAACUCCCCAACCUCAAAACCAUUGGUAGCAUAAUCUGGUAGGAUAACAUGUCAGGACACCUGUUCUCGAGGGUGUGUGAUGUCAUUACCAUGUCGAUACAGUACACGAUCUGUCACUAAUUAA